CUUUUUUCUCAGCGCUGAUAAAACAAACUUGCGUGAGUCAUUUAAUUCACUGGAUAAGCGCGAUGAGAAGAGCUCAAUACACAGGACCCUGACACAGGAUGGACGCAGUAUAAGGAAGAUCGCGAACAGAUCUACACUGAUGAAACUGCUCCAGUCUCAGUCACUGUUGACAAGAGAGAGAUCUUUCAGACCCAUCAGAAGAUCAGAAACAGACUCCAGUACCAUCACCACACACACAGGUGGAUCACACACCACCACAAAAGGAUUCAGUUGAAACGAAGACGGGCUGAAGUCAGUUGAUAUCUGAUUUUACACAACAUCACUGACAGCUGCUAAAGGCUCAUUCAGACUUUGAUUUGACCGUUUUUACCACAAUGGACUCACUGAGUGAUACCCAAAGGAAUGUCUCUUUGGACUUCAACUACAGCUAUUUCAAAUCCAACUUCUCAGAGUCAGAGGUCAUACAACCCACUGGGAAGAACUGGCCAGCCUUGUUCAUCCUGGUCUUUAUAUUCCUCACCGUUGCAGGAAAUAUACUUGUGAUUAUGGCAGUGUCCAUUGAAAACAAGCUGCACAAUGCAACCAACUUCUUCCUCUGCUCUCUGGCCGUGGCAGACAUGCUGGUGGGAUUUCUGGUCAUGACAAUCUCACUAAUCAGCAUCCUGUACAAUUACACCUGGCCUCUACCUGAAGCUCUGUGUCCCAUUUGGAUCUUCCUGGAUGUGCUCUUCUCUACAGCCUCCAUCAUGCACCUGUGCGCCAUCUCUCUCGACCGCUAUAUCGGCAUCCGUAAUCCAAUCCAAUACAGCCGCAGCAACCUACAUUUUAAAGCCAUGCUAAAAAUCAUCUCUGUCUGGACAGUGUCUGUAGUGUUGUCUCUGCCUAUCCCAGUGAUGGGUUUUCUGGAUAAGAAGAAGGUGUUUGUGAAUGGCACCUGCACCCUAAACGAGCCUCGCUUCGUCCUUGUCGGCUCGUUUGUGGCCUUCUUUGUUCCUCUGGUCAUCAUGGUGGUUUGCUACUACCUCACCCUGCGAGUUCUUCAGCAGCACAGCACUUCCUUUCCCACAGAGAGAAAGAGUCACUCCAAAGAUUCUUCUGCUGAGAUAAGUGACUCAAGUCUACUCGACAAUGACGCGGUGAACAAGAAGCCUACAUCUGGACCUGGCAAAAGUUUAUUUAAAGCUUCACAAGGCCAAAAGAGACGAGGCAUGAUGCAAGCUAUCAAAAAUGAGAAACGUGCCUCCAAAGUCUUGGGCAUUGUCUUCUUUCUAUUCCUGGUGAUGUGGUGUCCGUUCUUCAUCACCAAUGUUUUGGUCGCUAUCUGUCAGGACAACUGCAGCAAGUAUCUCUAUAUGCUUAUUAAUUUGUUUGUGUGGGUGGGAUAUAUAUCCUCUGGAGUGAACCCUCUCAUUUACACCCUUUUCAACAAGACGUAUCGUCAAGCCUUCGCUCGCUACCUGCACUGCAAAUAUCGCGAAGACGUGCCACAGAAGAAACAUCGUAUUGUGAGGUAAAGUCAGUCACGUCCACCAGUGC